AUGCAAACUAACACACCAACAUCUUCGUCCGCUUCUUCUGAUAUUAAAUCACCAAAACAUAACGAUAAUUAUUCUCUGUAUCAAUAUUUUUACUUCUGUAAAGCCGUUAAUACAAUCUUUAGCAAAUGGACUGCUCUCACUCUUGCUAGACAACAUUCUGCUUCGGGAGGUGAUACCGAUGAUUUAUUGGAUGAAUUCCAAAAUAAUAUUAAAGAGUGGAUUUCUAAUGAUGGUGACCAAUUAGAAGUUGAUGAAGUUGUACAAUAUAUGAAUGAUGUUUUGGAAGAAGAUUUAGGUAUUGAUAUUCUUGAUGGAUCAAUUAAAAUUGUUUCUAAACAUAUUCUCAUACUUUUCAAACAAAUUCUCAAUAAUAAUUUUACUGAAGUCAUUAGAUUACUUUCGGAAAAACAAGGAACACCAUUUGAAAUGCCAUCAGAAGCAGAAUUUGUUGAAAAGAAAUUACAUGAAGAAAAGGAAGAGAAAAUAAGAGUUAAUCACGUAGAUAGUGAUGAUGAAGAUGCUAACAUGGCUGAUCAUAACCAUGACCAUGUUCAUGUUAAGGAAGAACCAGAAAUUGAUGAAGAUGGUUUCCAAACAGUAAAGAAGAAAUCAGGAGGACGUAGACAUUAA